AUGGGCACGCCCUCGGCAUCCCGAACGCCGCCAAUCUCGACAUCUCGCUCCCGCCUCGCGGCGGCGGCCGCCGUGGACUCCUUCGCGGCGCCGAGGCCCCCCGACGAGGGCGACGCCGACGGCACGGAGGCGCUCGGCGGGCGUCGCCUCGUGGUCCAUGCCUGGGUUGCCACCGCCGGUGGGGGCCGUGCUGUUGUGGGUGCCCGGGGCGUACGCGGCGGCGGUGGCGUCGCCUCCGUCGGGGGAGGCGGACGAGAAGAGCGAGGUGGGGUGGGCGAUGAGCACGACGCCGAGGAAGGCGACGAGGGUGCCAAACUGCUCGACGCGGGUGAAGGGUUCGCGGAAGGCGAGGUAGCAGGCUACGCCGGCGAUGGAGGGUGCCAGGAAGGUGAUGACGGUGGCCUCGGCGAGGGGCAGAUACAUCAUCGAGUACCACAUGCCGUAGAUGCCGAAGAAGCCAGAGACGCCACGGGCGAUGAGGAGCCACCGCACCUCCGGGUUGCCCAAGGGAAAGUCGGGCGUGCGUUUCCAGAACAUGUAACCCGAGGCACAGAGCAUGGUGAUGCUCUGGCGGGCGAAGAGGACCUGGAAAGGAUGCAUGCCCUCGCCUUCCAGCUCAAGUAA